CUGGUCGCCGUCGGUAACCCUGCUUGAUGAGAUCAGAGGGGAUCUUCUUUCAGCAUGAGGCAGCCAGCCCUCUUAUCCUCCUCUUCCCUCUCUCUCUCUUUCCUCCCUCUCUCUCCGUGCUGAACUGGAACUGAAACUAACUCAGAAGAAGAGGAGCGCUCGAUAGCGACGGACGCCACAGCAACGAGAAGAGUCGUGAGGGCAGGAGCAGUAGCGAUAUCGAACGGCUUAGCUUCUGCCAGGGAGGGAGGUAAAGAUAGUAGGAGGGAGGGAAGAGAGGGGGUUACCUCUCUGGGGACUCGGCCUGCUUCUGUUCUCCGCUGUUCUUUUUCUUGUUCAGUUCUUUCCACAAAGGAGAGAGGGAGAGCUUUUAUCAUCGCUCUUCUCUUGGGAUUUGUUUCAUAUCGGCUUUGAGGAGGAACAGGAACAAGCGAGACAGAGGAGAACUACACUACUGCUACCACUGCGUGUCGUCAUCGGCCCCUUUUGAAGGAGGCUUUGUGGCGUGAGCCAGCAACAGGAGUGCAUCAUCACCACUCCCUGUGGUUCCCCUGGUUACUGCACUGAAAAUCCGCUUUGAUGAGGUAACGCCGGGGCGACGGAGGACAAAACCGACCCAAACUAACAGCUUCCUCCUCCCCCCUUUCCGCUCCCCCUUUCUCACCGCCACCAUGGGCCAGAAAAUCUCUGGCGGCGUCAAGUCAGUGGACAGUCGCGGCGAGGGCGGCUCCCCCUCGUUCCGUCCCGCCUCCCACCGCAGGCACGUCCAUCCCGAGCUGCGGGGCCCCGACUUCCACAAGCCACCCCGGUUGGACUUACUUCUAGACAUGCCCCCCGCGCCCCCUGACCUACAGCUCCGACACGCCUGGAACCCAGAGGAUCGCUCGCUCAACGUCUUCAUCAAGGAGGAGGACAAACUGACCUUCCACCGCCACCCCGUAGCCCAGAGCACCGACUGCAUCCGCGGCCAAGUGGGUUACACGCGGGGACUUCACGUCUGGCGGAUCCACUGGCCGGCGAGACAGCGAGGGACACAUGCCGUGGUGGGAGUUGCCACCGCCGAUGCCCCUUUACACUCAGUCGGCUACAUGGCGCUAGUGGGCAGUGACUCUGAGUCCUGGGGGUGGGACUUAGGCAGGAACCGACUGUACCACGAUAGUAAGAACCGGGCCCAGGCUUCCCUACCUUCGUAUCCGUGUUUCUUAGAGCCUGAGGAGGCUUUUGUAUUGCCGGACGCUCUUCUAGUGGUGUUGGAUAUGGACGAGGGCACGUUGAGUUUCAUGGUGGACGGACAGUACCUGGGAGUGGCGUUCAGAGGCCUGAAGGGGAAGAAGCUGUACCCCAUCGUCAGCGCUGUGUGGGGCCACUGUGAGAUCAGCAUGAGAUACGUCAAUGGAAUGGAUCCGGAGCCCCUCCCCCUGAUGGACCUGUGUCGUCGUGCCACCCGGGUGGCGUUGGGCCGAGAGCGCCUCCAGGAGAUCGAGACCCUGCCCUUACCCCAGUCUCUCAAGAAUUACCUCCUGUACCAAUGACCAGACCCGUACCGCAUGACCAGACCCGUACCGCAUGACCAGACCCGUACCGCCUGACCAGACCCGUACCAAAUACCAGACCAGUACCACCUGACCAGACCAGUACCGCCUGACCAGACCAGUACCAAUGACCAGAACCAGUACCGCGCACCACCAACUGGGACCAUCCGGACGGAAACCAUGAUGAACUAAGUGUGACGGAAGAUGAAGAGAACGAGAGGGGGUUUGAAUGAACGCCGGCGGACGCAGGAAGCGGAAUGUUUACACUGUGGGCUAUAGCUCUGAGAUUAAUGGAUGUACACUUUUUGACCGGAGGAUGAUGGGUACUCGAGUUUCUGGGUUUUGACCCGUUUUGGACUUUUUUAAUGAUUGAUGGCUGUGGCUCUCUUCCAAUGAAGACCCUGUUUGACAGAAUGGUAUGGUCCACGGUCACUUUGAAGUAUGGCAAUGAGUGGUGGUUUUAGGAGGCUACUGCACCUAGAAAGCACACAAAAUAUCCCGGGAGGCCUUUGAACUCAUAUCACUGCUACUGGAUACACUAUACUCAAGGUCUCCUAUUAUGUCAGUCCAGUCAGCAGACAGACACAGGACAUUUCCACAGGGCUCAAAUGUGUUUGGGUCCAUUUCCACUUCAACGGGCCUGGAGCCCACUGGUACCAUACAAUAUCUUCCCUGCUGUGUUAAAGGACCAAUUAAAGGACUAUGCCAGUUCUAGUCUUACUAGAUCUAGGCAAACCUAGUUUUUCUGGAUCUACAUCAAGUAAUGCAAGGGGAAGCUAUAGUACACUACUACAUGAACAAUGGCACAGCAGCCAUUUGGGGAGGGGGGUGGAUGACCACACACACACACCUAGCAAUCAUUUUUUUCUCAAAUGCUUGAGUCACUUUUUUUACUUACUAAGUUUGUACCCUAUAUUUUAUUGUGAGUGUGGAUUAUGAUUUUGAUGACGACGACGAUGAUAUGAUGAUGUUAUGACUAUUUAUUUAUCAUGAGGUAGUUCCUUUUUUUAAUUGAUAAUGAUGGUUACUUUCAGGUAAAUAUACUACACCAAUAUGGGAGAUGAUGAUCAGCUCUGUCACCCUAAGGCUUUUUUUAACAGGAUGCUGCUUUUAUUAUUAUUAUUAUUAUUAUUAUUAUUAUUAUUAUUAUUAUUAUACGAUCACUGAUGGUUUUAAUCUAUAUCUGCCUGCUGUGAAUAGACACCAGGGCCAUACUGGGGCACACACAGUGAAAUGUAUGGACAGUGCUGUCGUUAGCAGAUCUGAAAUGUGAAUAAAAGCAAAAUGAAUGAAAAAA